AGGAAACAGGAAUGUAUUGCUGAGUGACAUACCACCUCACCAUAUACGAUCUUUGAAAGCAGUGAGACGAGGGGACGUCGCUUUGACGAUUUUAGCCGACUUGUAUCGAAGUGUGCAGCCACCGGCGGAACAGCUCGUAUCUAUAAACAGGCUUCUCCUAAUGCAGUUUUCCACCCGCUCUUUGUCAGCGACCGGGCGGCUGACUGACGACGCGUUUCCCUUUAAGAUAAUGUCGGACACAAUCAUGUCUUAUUUAAUCAUUUUGUGUAAUGUCGGCAGGCAGAAACAUGGACAAAACAGUUAACGUUAAAAACCAGCGACGGUAGGAGAGGAGUCUAUUAGCAUCAUCUCACCUCAAAGUGGCUAACAGGAGUCCAGUGUCCUUGCUUGUGUCAAAGAGGCAGCGCUGGUGUUUAUUAGAGGCUAUACACUUCUCUGGGACAGAAAUGUCUUUUCAUAUAACAGACAAAGCAGACUGGCAUCGAGGCGCAAAGAAGACACGGUGAAUGCGGUACUCCCUACUCAGUCUCCCCUCUCACCCCGCUGUGUUUUGGAGGUUUGGAAGAGACCACGGGCAGUAGCUUUUUGGCUCACAUUGGACAACAUUUUAAACGGAGCUCUCCUACUUCUCUUCCCCUCUGUCUGGGGAUCAACCAUCACGACAACCUCCACCUCCACCUUUUAACCCCCCAAUGAUGACUUCCCCGGACUCUCCACCUCUGGUCUCCCCUUCCCCGUGCCCUGCUCCCCCUCCAUCCCUCCCCUCCUCACCAGUUCCCUCCUCCCCAGCCCCUUCUUCCUCCUCCCUGCCUGCCCCACCCUCGCUGCCUCCCACGGGGGAGGUGAUGGUGCUGGCUCUGGGCAGGAAGAAGCAGAGGGUUCUGAUUACUCUCUCCAUCCUGCCCAACCUCUUCCUGGCCUUCCUGCUCUCUUCCGACCCCCUCAUCACCCUUUCCCCGCCCCACCACUGCCACCUGCCGGGGCCUUUACCAUCACCCGAGGUGCUGAACGCCUCCCUGCCCUGGGAGAAGGGGGAGAGGCAUGGGGACAGCGGGGGCCUGUCCCAGUGUAAGCAGUAUGUCAACGGCAGCCAGUCAGCAGUAGUGGAAUGCGAGGCCGGCUGGGACUACAACGUCACAGAAGGGCUGAGGAACAACAUCGUUACUGAGUGGGACCUGGUGUGUGGUCAGUACUGGCUGGUCCCAGUGGAGGAGGUGUGUUUCAUCCUGGGCAUCCUGACUGGCUGUCUCAGCCUGGGCUAUGCUGCUGACAGGCUGGGCAGGUCCAAGACUCUGCUGACCUGUCUGACCCUGUCGGUGGUGUUUGGGGUGCUGGUGUGUGUCUCUCCGUACCCCUCCAUCUUCAUCGUCAUGCGUUUCUGUUUGGCGGCAGCUAGUGCAGGAGUCUACCUCAUUCUGUACAUCACUCGUCUGGAGCUGUGUGAACCGUCUCUGAGGCUGGUGGUGACCAUGCUGGCCGGGCUGAUGACUGUAGCCGGAGAGCUGCUGCUGCUGGCCGUCGCCCUGGGCUGCCAGUCCUGGAGGGGCCUACUGGGAGCCGGCGCCGCCCCGCUAACACUCUUCCUCAGUUACGGCAUUCCCGGGGUGUUUCCAGAGUCUCCUCGCUGGCUCCUGAUGUCCGAGAGAUCUGCAGACAUGAACUCCUUCACGGAGAGAAGGAACUCCAACAGAGAUGUGAGGGACGACGAGAGCUUCACAGAGCUGGAUUCAGAGCCAGCCCCCUCCUCACGCCCCCACCUGUCCUUCCCUGAGCUCUUCCACAGCAGGAACAUCUGGAAGAACAUGUGUGUGCUCGGCUUCACCUCAUUUAUCUCUCACGGCAUUAGUCACUGUUACAGCUCUUUCCGAGGAGACGUCAGAGGCACGGCCCCCAGCUUCUAUUGGACCUACCUGCUGUCUGUGUGCGCCGGGGGUGGGGCCUGGCUGUUGCUCUGGGCGACCGUAGACAGGUGCGGCCGCCGCGGCAUCCUGCUCCUCUCCAUGACGAUGACGGGGCUGGCCUCUUUGAUCCUCCUGGGACUCAUGGAGUAUCUCAGUGAGACGGCCAUCACAGUUUUCUCAGUGCUGGGUCUCUUCUCCUCCCAGGCCACCGCCUCCCUCUGCAUCCUCUUCACUGCAGAGAUCAUGCCCACCGUCAUCAGGGGCAGUUGUGUGGGUGCGGUGCUGGCCCUGGGCUGCGUGGGCCGCCUCAGCUCCCCGCUCAUGGACCUGAGGAACCACUACGGUUACUUCCUCCACCACGUGGUCUACUCCUCUCUGGCCCUGCUGGCCGUGCUGUCCAUACUGCUGCUGCCUGAGAGCAAGAGGAAGCCGCUGCCCCAGACGCUGGCCGACGGUGAGCAGUACAGACGCCCCCCACUGGGCAGGAGGAGGAGGGACAAUGUGCCGCUGCUAGCCACGCCCAACCCAGAGACCUAAAAGACCCCUGAAAGAGAGGUCGGACUGUGCUUCAAUCACUCACUUUGCAGCCAGAAGAUUUACAUCCAUCAUGCUCACGGAGAGAAAAGCGACGAGGGCUGCACAGAUGAUCGUGGACGGCCGAUGAAGGGCGGUGAUGAACGUGAUUAGGCUGUCUAAGCUUCCUAACAUAUCAUCCCAUAGUCAUUCCAAACACAGGCGGUUGGGUCGAGCCAUUCGUCUUCACCAUUCUCUAUUUCCUGCCAUUCAGAUGUGUGACACACGAUGUUCACAGACACAUGUAGGGCAGUCUUCAUCUUCAUCUCCUCCUGACGAGACGGCACGCGAUUCCCCCACCAUGUGACACACCAGCACACCCUGCUGCACGCCGUCGUCCUGUGCGUCUGUCGUAGAGAUGUUCGCUGCUUACUACUGACACUCCAGACCAGACGUGGCUCAGAGAGUAGUCGCAAAUUAUUCCUAGCAUUUGUCUUAACCUGCAUAGAAGGUCUUUUGUCGUGUUUGCUGUGUACGACAACACUAGAAGUGCUUGAAGAAGGUGUGCAAAAUCAAAGCACAGUCAGCUUUGCAUACCUCUUUUUAUUUUAUUUUUCUGUGACACUUGUGGUAAAAGUCUCCGUGUGCCACUCCAAACAGGGACGGGCCACAGUUCUCGAACAUUUGUUGCAAGACUCGAUGGAGUGUGGGUGCCUUGUAAAUACUCUAAACUUAGUUUCUUUAACUUCUUAGGGCAUCGGAGUUUUGCUAAAGCAGACCCUGUCGCUGAAAACUACAGUACAGUAUGCUUUGCAGUGGAGAAGCGGUGCAGAGCACUUUGAAAGAUUCUUUUUAAAGAUGAUGGUGGUUAACUUGCCCCAAAUCUUCAAAAUGUAUGUUUUAUGAGCGUAAAUAAACUAUUAUCCAUAUUGGGAUCAGAGGCAAAAAAAGAAAGAGGAAAAAGGCCUUCAAACAGAAAGGGGUUCAUGUUCAAACUGUUAAUUCUAGUAACUGAAUCUGGCCUGGAGCCAGCAAUAUUUAUGUUUUAUUUAUGUUGUUAUUAAGCAAAAUCAGUCAAUUAUCCAGAGGCCUAGCAUUGUUUUAAAGUAUUAAGCUAAAUAUUGUUAAAUUGGGUUGAAAUGUCUCUGAUCAAAUAACAGUGAAGCUAUAAACUGUCACAUUCCUAUCUGCAUGUUUGGAAGCACUGAAGGGCUUGUUUUUUUUCUGUAUUUUCUCAGAAGCUUAUAGUUACUCAAUACCUCUCUAGAUGACCAGUCUCAGCUGUAAGAGAAUAGACGGGUACAAACUAACUACAGUAAAAGUUUAAAUGUUGGCUUGUAUAACCAGCACACAUGCUGUAUAUGUUGUCAGCACUUAAAUGUGGUAGUUUUUAAAGAGGUCAUCCGUAAUUUUGCCUGAAUGUUUAUUGAUGCUGGAGAAAGGGCCCGGUGAUUAUGCUCCAUGAGGUGUGAAAGGGAGCUGAAGAGGGCCCCAGAGCGCCAAAUGAACCCCCCCAACUCCUCAAACACGCACCAAGGAUAUAUUUUUCUUCAUGGCUUCUUUAUUUUGAGUGUGCUGGCUGAUGCCAUGUUGCAUAAUGGUUCUAUCAUGAGGGAGAAUUACCUAAGCAUGUCUGUUUAAGUGCUUAACAAAAACAAAAAAAAUCCCAGUGUAUGUUUAUGUGUGCUUGGGUAAUCCUUUUUCUUAAGUUUUCGUGGGUGCGUGAUAUUAAGAGGAAGCGGGAGGUCUUUCAAUUUGGACUCUGACGUUGAGGAUUCACUAAAGAAAUAAUAAAAAAAAAAAAAAGGAUACUCACUUCUGCUGACGGCUUCUUCCUCUGUCAGCCUUUGGUAGUUUUUAUCCCCUCUGUAUGUUGCACUCAACAAGUCCUAUCACGUAUACACUGAUAAUUAUUAUCACUAUGAUUAACUCGGCUCAAGUAGUAUUAUGUCUGACAACACUGAUGAUCUGUUCAAUGAUGAGUGUUAUGCAGUUAACUCUAUAGCCUGAUUUAAUGUAAAAUAAAACUGGUUAAAUAAACAAAA